AUGUGGAUAUUCUCAUGCGACGGAGAUGUCCUAGAAGGCAAGAGACUGUGGAUUCCGCCGGGAAAAGAGUUUCUUAUUGGCCGCACGGCAGCAGAAGAGGGCCAAUUUGUUGUAUCGGACAAGACGAUCUCGAGAAAGCAUCUUACUGUCAAAGUAGCUGAGAUUACUGCUUCCGAUUGUGCAAACGCGAGUUAUCGGACCCAGAUUACGAUACAAGACGGCUGUGGCGAUCCCAAGGGAACCAAGAUAGGCACAUUAUUGAAUGGCGAGCAGAUUAGAGCCAAAACCGUACCACUCGAACAGGAUGAGAAUGUCGUUUCUUUGGGGAAAUACAAGCACCAUUUCCGUUUCACCUGGAUCCCGACCAAUUUUACAUUCUCGCUUUCUACGAAAGAACAGAAAGCCAACCCAUAUCCUGCCCUGUAUGAUCGUCUCAGUUCACUUGAUGUCAGAGUACUCGUCGACUACGAACGGAAGCUUACCACACAUCUUGUCGCAAAGAAACGCAACACAUCAAAGGGUCUUCAAGCUCUGAUCAAUGGAAAAUAUAUUGUUAAUGAUUCAUUCAUUGAGGCUUUGGUAGCUGCGACUACGACACAAGCAAAGGGUGGUCCUUCUCCCCUUGAGUUGGAUUUUGAUGCCAACUUUCCGGACCCUCUCAAAUACUUGCCUCCACGGGGAGAGGAACCCACACAACGUGGUGCUGAUGCAUAUAGCCCAAAUUCAGGCAGGGUGGAAAUGUUUGAAGGGUAUACGUUCGUGUUUUACGAGAAACGUCAAUUCGAGACCCUCCUGCCACCUAUCACCGAAGGUCGCGGUAAAGCCUUUCUACGAGAAGCCAUCCCGGAUCAGACAACUGUUGAUGAGUUUGUGAGAUAUGUGAAGAGUGUUGCUGGAGAAAAGGGGCUAGGAGAAUUCGAAGAUGGAAGCGAGGGAAAGGGCGUGGUAGUUGUCAAAUUUAAUCCUUCGAAAGGGGCAGGGAUAGAAUGGUUUGCGGAGUUCAGCAGACAGAUUGCUCAAGUUUUGGAUCAUAGGUUGAUCGAACAGAAUGAAUUUCUUGAUGCUAUACUUGGCAAUGAUGCUAGUGUGCUGAGACGGCCUCUGUUGAGAGAGGAUUCGGGACUGAUAGCUCCCCCACCAACUGCAGCUACUGUGGCGGAAUCCCAAUCAAAUCAAGCUUCUGCUUCCACGGCGGCACCGAUGGCACCGCCGGAGCCACCGAAACGAGGUAGGAGACGACCAGCCAAGGCAUUUGUAGGGUUCGAAGACGAAUUCUCCGGCCCCAUCAACUCCAGCAUGCCAGAACCGGAAUCUAAGCAGGUUGAUGAGACUGCUGCCGCAGAGUCGCAGCAAUCACAAGGCCUCUUUCUCACACAAGAUCCAAAUAACAUUCUGCAAGUUCCCCGGUCACCAGAACCUGAUAGAACAAGUCGAAAGAGAGCUCUGAGCCCGGCUUUCGAAGAGGAAGAUGUCAUGGAGGAGGCUGCACCAAGAGCAGCUGCCCUGAAGAGACGUCGACUUGCGAAUGAAGCGGAACAAAACCUUAGGAAAGGAUCAACACCUCCUCGUCGAGUGUCACCUGCAGCUACACCUGCCUCCGCACCAGUUGUCAAAGAUGAACCUGCGCCCAAAGGGAAAGGCAAGAAAGUCAAGAAGGAAAAAGAAGUUGACUUGAUUGAAAUCAGACGUCAACAGCGAGAAAAAGACGAGGCUGCAGCAAGAGCGGAGCGUGAAUCUUUGCAAGAGGACUUCGACGGCAUGGACAUCGAGCAGAUCCGCAAACUUGCCAUCAUUGAGGAAAUGCCAAUCCGGCGUCCUAAUCCACGAGUUCAACGAACGGAAAGGCCAGAGGAUAGUGAACGCUGGGACGAGAGGUGGAAUGCUCGAGCCAACUUCAAGAAGUUCCGACGCCGUGCAGGUGUAGCUGAUGCCAGAGGUCUUCACAGGGUUAUUGUUCCUCUGGAGGAAGCCAAGAAGAAAGACUAUGGUAUCGGUGAUACAUAUUGGGACGAUGACAGCCAGCACAAGAAGAAAGGUAAAGGGAAGGGCAAGGAGACUCAAGAUAUCAGCCAGUCAGAUACGCAAUCAAGACCCAGAACUGGUGCAGCUGAGGCAGCCUCUCGGAUCUUGGCGAGUGAGGCUGAAGAGGAGUAUGCUGGAGCUGGAGCAAAUGAUGGUUCGGGUUCGGAUCUGGAGAUUGUUACCCCAGCUCCCAAAGCCAAAGCUGGACGUUCUCAAAAGCUGGUGGACAAGACGAGCAUAUCUCAGAACUUGCCCACUAACAAGAGAGCUGCAGCCACGACGUUGACGAAGCCAGCACCUGCGAAGAUGGCAAAACAAGCACCAGUCAGGAAACAGCCGGCACCCGAGCCGGAUAGCGAUGAUGACAGUGAUGAGGGGCUAAAGUUCAGAUUCAAGAAGAGAGCUUGA